CGGCCGGGCGGGUUUGGCUGCGGAAGCCGGAACUGCCAAGGCCAGGCGCGGCGGUGGGCGGGUCGCACGGCCACUUCCACUUCCGGUCCGUCGCCGCCUUCCGUUGCUUCCCGUUCGCUCGCCGGCUCCCCUCCCCCGCUAGGCCCUCCGCGCCCCUCUUGGGCGCCGGGGCGGCGGGGCCGUCGGUCGGCGUGCGGCCCUCCGUGAUGUGGUGAUCUGCCAGUGCCUUGUGUGGCCGACCUCUGCGAAUUGCCACCUUUGUCGACACCCCAGGGGGCCUGCGCCCCUCAGCUCCACCACCUGGCACCAUGUCGACCUCGUCGCUCCGGCGCCAGAUGAAGAACAUCGUCCACAACUACUCGGAGGCAGAGAUCAAGGUCCGAGAGGCCACAAGCAAUGACCCCUGGGGCCCGUCCAGCUCCCUCAUGUCAGAGAUCGCCGACCUCACCUACAACGUGGUGGCCUUCUCGGAAAUCAUGAGCAUGAUCUGGAAGCGGCUCAAUGACCACGGCAAGAACUGGCGGCAUGUCUACAAGGCCAUGACACUGAUGGAGUACCUCAUCAAGACGGGCUCGGAGCGCGUGUCGCAGCAGUGCAAGGAGAACAUGUACGCUGUGCAGACGCUGAAGGACUUCCAGUACGUGGACCGCGACGGCAAGGACCAGGGCGUGAACGUGCGGGAGAAGGCCAAGCAGCUGGUGGCCCUGCUGCGGGACGAGGACCGGCUGCGGGAGGAGCGAGCCCAUGCGCUCAAGACCAAGGAGAAGCUGGCCCAGACGGCCACAGCCUCCUCGGCAGCCGUGGGCUCCGGGCCGCCACCCGAGGCGGAGCAGGCGUGGCCGCAGAGCAGCGGGGAGGAGGAGCUGCAGUUGCAGCUGGCCCUGGCCAUGAGCAAGGAGGAGGCGGACCAGCCGCCGUCCUGCGGCCCCGAGGAUGACGUCCAGCUCCAGCUGGCCCUUAGUUUGAGCCGAGAGGAGCACGAUAAGGAGGAGCGCAUCCGGCGUGGGGACGACCUGAGGCUGCAGAUGGCCAUUGAGGAGAGCAAGCGGGAGACGGGGGGCAAGGAGGAGUCGUCCCUCAUGGACCUUGCUGACGUCUUCUCAGCCCCGGCUCCUGCACCAGCUUCAGACCCCUGGGCAGGCCCGGCGCCCAUGGCUGUUGCUGUCCCUGCAGCUGCCCCCGCCUCAGACCCCUGGGGGGCCCCCACUGUCCCUCCUGCUGCUGACCCCUGGGGCGGUCCGGCCCCCACACCGGCCUCUGGGGACCCCUGGAGGCCUGCUGCCCCCACGGGGCCCUCAGUGGACCCAUGGGGAGGGACCCCAGCCCCUGCAGCCGGAGAGGGGCCCCCUCCGGACCCGUGGGGAGGCUCUGAGGGUGGGGCCUCUGUCAGCGGACCCCCAGCUUCUGAUCCGUGGGCGCCGGCACCAGCCUUCUCGGACCCCUGGGGAGGGUCACCCGCCAAACCCAGCACCAAUGGCACUGCAGCAGUCGCGGGCUUUGACACCGAGCCUGAUGAGUUCUCAGACUUUGACCGACUCCGCACAGCCCUGCCGGCUUCGGGGAGCAGCACGGGUGAGCUGGAGUUGCUAGCAGGAGAGGUGCCUGCCUGCAGCCCAGGGGCCUUUGACAUGAGCGGGGUUGGGGGCUCCCUGGCCGAGGCUGUGGGGAGCCCCCCACCCGCAGCCACCCCGGCCCCUACGCCCCCCACGCGGAAGACCCCGGAGUCGUUCCUGGGCCCCAACGCGGCCCUCGUGGACCUGGACUCCCUGGUGAGCCGGCCGGGCCCCGCGCCGCCAGGAGCCAAGGCCUCCAACCCCUUCCUGCCGAGCGGAGCCCCGGCCACCGGCCCCUCCAUCACCAACCCCUUCCAGCCCGCACCCCCAGCGACGCUCACCCUGAAUCAGCUCCGCCUCAGUCCUGUGCCCCCUGUCCCUGGGGCGCCGCCCACCUACAUCUCUCCCCUUGGCGGGGGCCCAGGCCUGCCACCCAUGAUGCCCCCCGGCCCUCCGGCGCCUAACACUAACCCCUUCCUUCUAUAAUCCGGGAGGGAGGGCCCUGGCCCGGAGGCCUCCGAUCCCGCCCCGGGAGACAGUGUUGUGAGUGCAUGUGAAGCGGGCCGCCCCAGCGCCCGCCCCUCCCGGGCCCACUCACACUACGCCCUCUUCCCACGUCCCCGCCCACUCCCCGGAGAGACUGGACAUGGGGGGCAGCUGAGGAGGACCCCUGUCCGUGGCAUUAUAAGGGGGAGGACAGUCGGGGUCCCCCACCCAUUCCUCCUCCCUCCAGACUGCCCUCCCAAUCAGUGUUUGAGCCUCAUUUCCCUUCACACCCCUUGGUGAAUCCUUGGUGAUGAUUUUGGCAACUUCGGGAAUAAAUGGCAAUUCUCACGGG